UUCCGGACCUCAUCUCGAUAGAGCGAUCUCGCUUACUCGGCGGAGCGAUACGCGAUCAAAGUGCCCGAUUGAGGAAGCAGCUCAAGUUGGAACCAACGACUCCGCGAAAUGGAGCGGGUACUCGAUAAAUUAGGCCCAUGGCAUAUUCCGGUGGUUCUCUUAGCACUCACAUCCUCGAUUCCGUACGGUUUUUUCGUGAUGAGUUUGAGCUACAUGGCUCCAAGAAUGAGUUAUUGGUGCAAGCCGCCGCCCAACAUCAACGACUCGCUCUGGAUGAAAUUGAACGAAGGUGUCGAUCUCCGGUGCGAGUUCUGGAAGGACAACUCUACCCAGAAGUGUCACGAAUGGGAAUACGAUCACACCGAGCAUGAGAGUACGCUGUUGGAACAGUGGAAUGCAGUUUGUGAUCAGGAUUGGAUGCUAGCUACGGCUCAGAGCACAAUAAUGUUCGGUGCCCUGAUCGGAUGCUUCGUGUUCUCGCACCUAUCGGACUGGUACGGACGGAGGACGAGCUACCUCGCUUCUCUCUUCGUCAUAAUUACUUGCGGUUUCGGCAUUUCGUAUACGACGAAUUUCUGGAUGUUCUGUUUCCUCCGGCUCGUUAUGGCAACGGGUCACGGUGGGAAGAGGGCCAGCAGCGCACUCUACACUGAAUCGGUCGGGGCGACUCAUCGGGCUAUGGUCACGGUAGGCCAGGACUUUGGUUGGUGUCUUGGUCUUCUGAUAAUACCCAUCAUCACCUAUCACGUGAGAGACUGGGUUCUGAUUCAAAGGAUUAUAAUAUUACCCGAGUUCAUUUUCGUCGUCCUCGCGUGCCUCGUGGACGAAUCUCCGAAAUGGUUGCUAUCCGCGGGCAAAUACGAUGAGUGCCGAGCCUUGCUGGCGAAGAUCGUGAAACGAAAUGGAAUCGAUCGGGACGAAGACGUCGAUAUCGACGCCAUCAUGGAAGAGUCCAAAACGUCGUUGAUGCUGGAGAAAAGAUCGCGCAAAGGAACACUAAUUGACCUUGUCCGCGGCUGGACUAUCUGCAAGCUCUCGAUUUCCUGUUGGGGUCAAUACGCUGUCAUUAUUCUCCUGUAUUACCACAUGAUGUAUUUCAUAGUGGAUAUCGGCAGCGAUCCUUAUAUGGGUGUCGUCUACAUGGCGCUACUUGAAAUACCGACCACGGCAGCCUCGUGGUGGGUUGUGAGAACGUUUCGACGAAAGCCCGUUUAUUUAUGGUCAUAUCUUCUAGCGAUCUUCUCCGGCAUCGCUCUGCUCUUUUCAACCGAAGAUUCCGUCAUGAUGCGGAUGGUCCUGGCGAACCUCGGCAAGAUGGCAUCGAUGUUCCUGUUCAAUGGUCUGCUCGUCCACGUGUCUGAGUGCUUCCCGACGAAAGUACGUUCGGUCGCACUCGGCACUUCCGCAAUGGCGUCCAGAGUCGGGGCGAUGGCUGCGCCGUUUCUCAAACAAAUCGGUAUCGCAACGGCUCCGUGGGUGCCUAUCUGUGUAACAAUAUCUUUGUGCAUAGUGGCGCUGCUUCUUUCACUCCUCCUGCCUGAAACGUUUGGCAAAAAACUGCCCGACACGUUUUACGAAGCCAAGCAGAUGACACGACAAUCAUCAGCUUCGAAAGGAAAGUCCCUUCUGCCUCCAUCCUAGUUCCUGCGUUGCUCCGGAAUGAAUGUUGAAACGAAUGUGUGGCUAUGUGAAUAAACGAAAGACACGGAACAGUGUCAAUGAGGAA